AUGGAUGAAAGCUUAAUUCAGACCAUCAAUAAGUUGCAGGAUGCUUUGGCCCCAUUGGGAGCGGGCUCAGCCUCUCCUAUAGAUCUCCCUCAGAUUACUGUGGUUGGUUCGCAAUCUUCUGGUAAAUCAUCAGUUUUAGAGAACAUCGUGGGACGUGAAUUUUUACCUAGAGGUUCUGGAAUUGUCACUAGAAGGCCUUUGAUAUUGCAAUUGAUUAAUCGCAGAGGCCAUGUAGAUAACCACUUGACUCCUGAGGAAAAGGCCACCAUCAGAGCCAAAAAUGACGAUGGUAGACCUUCAGAGGAUACAGACCAGGAAUGGGGUGAAUUCUUGCAUCUUCCUGGGAAGAGAUAUUUCAAUUUUGACAACAUUCGGAAGGAGAUUGUUCGUGCUACUGAUGCUACUGCGGGCACUAACUCUGGUAUCUCAUCUGUCGCCAUCAAUUUGAGAAUUUACUCGCCUCAUGUCCUCACCUUAACGUUGGUCGAUCUUCCCGGUUUGACUAAAGUGCCUGUUGGUGACCAACCCAAGGAUAUUGAAAAGUUGAUCAGAGAUAUGGUUCUGAAGUACAUUUCCAAGCCUAAUGCCAUCUUGCUUGCCGUGAAUGCUGCCAAUCAGGACUUGGCUAACUCCGAUGGUUUGAAGUUGGCGCGUGAGGUAGACCCUGAAGGAGUUCGUACCAUUGGUGUCUUAACCAAGGUUGAUUUGAUGGAUGAGGGAACUGAUGUUAUUGAUAUUCUUGCCGGCAGAGUCAUUCCUUUGAGAUGUGGCUAUGUGCCUGUUGUUAAUAGAAGUCAGAGGGAUAUUGAGACCCACAAGACUAUCCGUAUUGCUUUAACGGAUGAGAAGCGGUUUUUUGAGAACCAUCUUGCCUACAGUUCCAAGGCUCAGUAUUGUGGUACUCCUUAUUUGGCUAAGAAAUUGAGUAAUAUUCUUAUGAAUCACAUUAGGGCCACCUUGCCAGAUAUCAAGUUGCGGAUUGAGGCAGCUUUGAAAAAGUAUCAGCAGGAAUUGGAUGCUUUGGGUCCCGAAAUGGCCGAGACACCAAGUUCCAUUGUUUUGAAUGUCAUUACCGAUUUCUGCAAUGAGUAUACUGGUGUUAUUGAUGGACAAACUAAGGAUGUCAGCACUAACGAAUUAAGUGGUGGUGCAAGAAUUAGCUUUGUCUUUCAUGAGAUUUACAAAAAUGGUGUAUAUGCCUUGGAUCCAUUUGACCAGAUUAAGGAUGCCGAUAUUCGUACCAUAAUGUACAACUCUUCUGGUUCUUCUCCUUCGUUGUUUGUGGGUACUCAGGCGUUUGAGGUGCUUGUUAAACAGCAGAUUCAUCGUUUUGAAGAGCCUACUUUACGUUGUAUCACAUUGGUGUUCGAUGAGUUAGUUCGUAUUCUAUCACAGAUUCUUUCGCAAUCUGAAUUUCUUAGAUACCCAGGAUUGAAGGAGCAGAUUUCUCAGAUAUUUAUCACCUACCUGCGUAAGAUAGUUGCACCCACAAAUACCUUUGCUAUGGAUGUCAUCAGUUCUGAAGAGACUUACAUUAACACUGCUCAUCCUGAUUUGUUAAAAGGUCCCCAGGCGAUUUCCAUUGUGCAAGAAAGAUUGCAUCCUCAGAAGGUUCAAGUGGAUCCUAAAACUGGUAAGCCUUUACCCCCAUCUCAGCAAAAGACGAUGAUGGAAGACAAUGGUGGUAACAAGAAUUCUUUCUUUGGAGGUUUCUUCCAGUCAAAGAACAAAAAGAAACUCGUCGCUAUGGAAGCUCCACCAAAUGUUUUACGUGCUAGCGGCCAGAUGACGGAGAGAGAGACUCAGGAGACUGAGGUUAUUAAACUGUUGAUUCAAUCAUACUUUAACAUUGUUAAAAAGAAUGUGGCCGAUAUCAUUCCAAAGGCCAUCAUGUUGAAGUUGAUCCAACAGUCGAAGAACGAGAUACAGAAGGUGCUACUUGAAAGUUUGUAUAACAACAAAAAUCUUGACUCUUUGGUUCAAGAGAACGAUAUAACUGUUGCUAGGAGAAAAGAGUGCAAGAAGAUGGUCGAGGUGCUACAGAAUGCCUCUCAAAUUGUCUCUACUGUUUAA